CAGGCCCGGAUCCGCAUCAUUCCGCUUCCAAUCGUCAAGCUGUGAACAUAAAGCGGAUAAAAUUGAGAGAAUUUAGUUUUCUUCUCUCAUUCUGUGCAAAAGUUUAAUCCUCCAUUUUUGUUUCGACAAAAGAGAAAAAAUUGGAGAAAAUCGUUUUUUAAAUUAAUUUUAAAAAGCCGGACUCUUCGUGACACUGAAUCUCGCUCUACGUUUUAUUUUUUGCAAAAACAAAAAGGCAAAAAAGAACAAUAAAACCUCUUCGCUGAUCGACGCUGCGACGUCGACGCAAUCUUCUUCCGCAACGCGCGCAUUACCAAACGCCGAUACCACGACGACCGUACACUGAAGGCGUGAACGCAAAAACGGCCAUUUGUUGAGCCAAUUAAAAGUGAUUUACGCCGAAAGAAGGGCUACUACGUCUGCAAAAAACACACGCAACCCUUCAAACGCGCGCUCCCAGCCAUUCUUCUUCAGAUUCUCCGAGAGCGCCAUCUACUCAUCGACACAAACAACAACGACGUCGAGUUUGAUUUAAAAACAAACAAAUCGCAGUAAGCCAAGACAAAAAGCGAAAAAAGAGGUUAAGUUGCAAAAAGCGAGAGAGAGAAAACAAGAUGGGAGAUACUCGCGGUACACGUGUCUACGUUGGAAAUCUCACGGAUAAGGUGAAGAAGGAGGAUCUCGAGGAGGAAUUCAUUAAAUUCGGGAAGCUCAAUAGCGUGUGGGUGGCCUUCAACCCACCGGGGUUUGCCUUUGUUGAGUUCCAAAAUCAAGAUGAGGCCGAGAAGGCUUGCGACAUCCUCAAUGGCAGCGAAGUUCUCGGCUCCAAGUUGCGCGUUGAGAUGUCCAAGGGGCGCCCGAGGAGUUCACGCGGCGGCAGCAAGUUUGGUGGACCACGCGGCGGCGGCAUGGGUGGCCGCGGUGGUGGGGGUGGCAGUAGUUUCCGCAGCAGCGGCGGCCCACGACAGGGUGGCGGUGGCGGGAACUUCCGCACCAAUGGCGGCCCAGGGGGAUUCAGUAGUCGCAACAGCAGCGGCGGCGGCGGUGGCGGUGGAUUCAGGCCCCGUGGACGUGGUGGCCGUGGGGGCUACGAUAAUGGCGGGGGUGGCGGUGGAUUUGGUGGUGGUCGUGGCUCCGGGAGCUUUGGGCGCGAUCGCGAUGGGGGUGGCUACAAUUCCUUCAGCGGUGGACGCGGCAACAAUGGCGGCGGCAGUGGGAAUCGCUUCAGGUCACGAAGUCCCGCCGGCGGUGGCCCACGCAAUCGCUUCUAAAUAACAAAACAAAAGCAUUUCCCAUUUUCUCCGUGUGGAUCCUCCUUCUCCACCGAAUCACCAUCAUUUUACAUAAUUUUCCUUUAUAUAAAAUACAUUUUAAUUAUUAGGUUUUGUAAAUUAACAAAACGCGCGAUAGGUGGCGUUUAACAUGAAAAAUUUGACAUUUAACUUGUAAAGAAGAAGAAGGGAAACCAUAUUUAUUUGAGAAUCAAUUGAUUUUGGAAUAAAUCAAUAAAAAAAAUAAAGAGAAUAAAAACAAAGAAAACUGCGAAAUUUCAAUAUUUUGUGAACUUAACGAAAAUAAAAAAAAGUAUUACAAAGGAAAUAUUAAAAAAAAUUAUUCAUUUUUUCAAUUUUUAAAGAAUCUUUGAUAGUUUAUUAAAAGUCUUUUGACGUAUUUUUGUAAAAUAUCUUGUAAGAUUUUUUUUAGGAAGGAAAAACACUUCAAAGAUUAAAAACAAAACUUUAAUGUAUAUUUUUUAAAAAAAAAUGUUUUAAAAGAUAAUUCGACGUGCCCGAAUAUUAUGAACCAUAUUCCUAUCAUUUAACACAGGAGCGUCGAAUUUGAGGUUAAUAAAAAUAUUCUGAAAAAUCUUCUGAAAACAAAAAUUACAUGAUAAGUCAGCUAAAAAUUGAAUUAAAGAAUUUUUUUUUUUACAAAUCAAAGAAGUUUUGCUGUCAAAGUACUGUAAGAAGUGACAGAUUCUUACCAAUUUAUUUGUCAAUUUUGUGACAAUUUAACUAACAUUUUGAGAAAAUAGAAAACUUUUCUUAAUAAUUAAGCCUUUAGUUAAAAAGAAAAAUUUUCAAAAAAUUAUUCGUUAAGUUAACAAAAUAUUUCGAUAGCUACCCCCCAAAAAAAAAAACAAAAUUUUCCUUCAGUUAGUCUACCUAUCCAACGCAAUGUCUACUACGAUACGUGGAAAGGUAAAAAAAAAAGAAAUUACCUUUUCCAUCAUAAAAAUGUAAAUCUAAUAUAAAGUGCAAAAUAAAAAAAGUAAAAUAAAAAAAAACUUUUAGGGCAACAAGAAUUUUAACCAAAAUGUGGAUUUUCAAUCUCCCCUCAAGAAGGAAAUUAAUAAAAAGAAUAAAAUGAAACAAAGAUCUCUCUCUCGCUCGAGAUGAAGUGUCAAAGUGAAGAUUUUGUGGGGAAAUGUGUAAGCAAAUUAUUCAAAAUGGCUGAAAAAAUAAAAACGACGAAUGCGUCUUUUUGGGCACACACCAUCACGCUCUCUCAAAGACGAUCUGCAAGCGGGAAAGGGUUUUUUACAAAGAAAAAAAAUCAAUUUAGGAAGGAUAAAGAGAAUCCACGAUGUGAAUUUUUGUGAUUUCUUCUCAAAUUUAAGGAAUUUUUGUUUUUUCUGUGCACAAAACUUCAUCUGUUACACUAAAGCAAAGAAAAAGAAGAAGGAAAAACUCCAAAUCUGUGUUGCAAAAAAAAACAAUUAAAAAAAAUCGUAAAAAGUAUUGAAAAAAAAAUGUAAAAGGACAAAAAAAUUAAAUUUAGGAAGUGUGUGUGUGAAGAGGAAAAGAAAAAAAUAAAGAGAGGAUAUUUAGAUGACAUAAA